UUUUAACACUUGUUUCGUACAUCAUUUAUGUGUGUGUGUGUGUGUGUGUGUGUGUGUAUGUAGUUAAACUCGUGUGUGGCUCACUCGAUUUUUGUGUUAAACACACACACACAAAAAAAAAUUCACUGUGAUCAGCAACGUGCAAUUAAACCCUGUCUGCAACGUGGAACCCCACCAUUCGGAAGGGGCUAGUGAUCUCUCUCUUUCUUUUUGGCUGUUGUAAUGUGAUUUCCAAUUGUGAAAAUUGGACACAUUUUGUUGGGGAGGUCUGCCAUAAGCAGCUGAUUUUUAAUGCCCGAUCGCAACUGGAAUUUCGCACAAUCAAUCACUGAAAGAACUGGCGCCCCCCCCCCGUCUCCACGCUCGUUUUUCAUCCGUGGAAAGUUUUGACGUUCACUUGACUUUUACACGGCCGUUCAAUCACAACAAGACUGGCCAAAAAGCUUCCCAACGUCUAAUUCAGUUCCAGUUUUCUUCUUUCUUUUUUUUUUUUUUUUUUAUUACUCUCGACCUCGUGGAUCAUUUUCCCUGCCUCUUUGAUUGGCAUUGAUCAACAUGAAGGCGCCAAAAGUGCCAUGGCAAAGUGCUCGUUUGCCAUGUUGCACAUAUUGAUAGGCCAUUACGUUGAAAGAAAUUUCCAAAAAUUGUUCAAUUGGUCGUAUAGAUCAGACGUAAAAGGGCUUCGUUGUAGCCAAUAGUGUCUGACAGACAAAACUCGUGUGAUAUUCAAUCAUCUUUUGAACAAAAAAAAAUGCCUUCUGAAACGAAACGGAUUGGAUUACCGCCCGCCAGAGCGUCUCUGCCUUCGUCCUUUCGCACUGUCGAUUUCGGUAGUUCAGUGCGGAAGUUGAUCGGAUCGAAAACCAGUUCGCCGCCGGCGCACGACAUUUCUCACGUUGUCAACGGCUCAUCGGCCACGCCGCCUCCCCGAUCGUCUGCAGCGUCGUCGAGCAAAUUGAGCGGCUACUUUCAACGCUCGUCGUCGGCCACAUCGUCGCCGUUGCGGCGCACCCAUCAGCCGUCGCCGUUGAGCAGCGGGUUGAGCGGCAGCAGCAGCGCCUUGCACGGCCGCCUUCGGCAUCAAUCAGCGACCACCGCCCUGCCGCCGUCGGUUCUGCCGAGUGACUUGUGCCCGAGUUGCCUGAUGCCUUUCGACAAGAACCGCAAGCGGCGAUUGAUCGACUCCUGCGGCCACGAGCGCUGCUACGCGUGCCUCUUCUCCAGUGAACUUUGCCCACUCUGCUCGCCAGGUCAUCCACCGGGUAAAAAGUUGGUGGGCGGUAAUCAACAUGGUCGUUUGGCCCUGUUGAAAUCCAGAACGGUGGGCAGCAGCCACGAGUUGAAUGCUAAACAUGACGCAACGGGCUGCAACGGGGACACCGCAUCCGCAACUGGCCGUCACACGUCGUUCGCUCUUCAUCAAGAUCACGAUGCGUCGUCGCCGCCGCCUCCACUCCGUUCAAAAGUCAAAACCAACGGACAUUUGAUCCCUUACAUGCAACACAAACAGCAACAGCAGCAGCAACAACAGAUUUACUCUGAAACGAGAAACGCAUCAGACAGAGUGACCGGUUUGCCUCCAGCCUUAGGCACUUCCUGCCGUUCUCCAACUCCCGCAACCGCCGUGACUUCUCCUUUCGUACGACGUAAAGGAAUGCCGUCUAGUCCUUCUGUAUCUCCGCGUUCCAGCCGCUCCAUGUGGAGCUCCCGACGGCUGGUUCGCCAUCACGGCAGUUCGCCGUCUCCGGCCCGCUCAUCGGCCGCUACCGACUCAUCCGACCAGCAACAGGAACAGCAGUCCGUGUAUGGACAGUGUUCGUCGAGGAGACGUCGAAUCAGCCCGUCUCCGUCGGCCGGUAGCGAAAUGAUGAGCCGUUUGGGCCUUCUCUUUGGAGCCGAGGCGCGCAACUCGCGCAGCCCAUCGAGUGGACGCGGCAGCGCGACGCUAAUGAGCGCUCGCAGUCAGGAUUCGUCUUCCAUGAAAAGUCUGGAUGUUCCAGCUAAUCGGGUCACCUCUUCCAACGCCAGUCCCGUCUCCACGCUCACAGGAUCGUCCGAAGCUGAAAUGCAAUCGCAAGCUUUGAGGGAGGUUCAUGAUCAUUCAUCCGACAGCUUGGGAUCAUCAUUGUCCAUGUCGCUAGGGGGUCGAAGCGCUUCCGUAUCUCCCGGCCCGUGCAUUGCAGCGUCACGACGACACUCUCUCACCGUUUCUCAAGCUGCGCACCAAGCGGAGGAUUCGCAAAUGUUUGGACAAAGACAAGCCGCCAUACGCCGAUCGGCCCGCAACGGGACUGUCCUCGGCCCUAUCGACCCCAAAAUUCGAUUCGCUCAAUUCCGGCCGCCGCUGUUGGCGCUGAAGCCACUCUUCUUCCAAGUGCCCCAACAAGAAGAUCCCGAAUCGCAAUUCUUCUGGGGCCGCUCGUGGAUCUUUCGCGACAUGGCCUCGCAAUUGCUUCCGCCCACGUCGAGCGGACAACAGUUGGAAACGCCGGCCGGGGCCAAUCGGAGGGGUGUCAUCAUCAGUGGCGCCACUGGUAGCGGCAAAACGUGCGUGGCUCUUCAAUUGGUGGAGUACAGCUGCUUCGGCCGAUCUCGCAUACCCAUCGCAUCCGCGGCCAAUCGAGCGGAAUGCAUUUACGAAAACCCUUACUCGACUUCAUCCGGCGAGCCCAUUUACGGUCGCUCUCACACUCCGCUCCCGCCGGCCGCCGAAGCGAUUCAAGCGCUGGCCACCAGAGUUGUGGCCUACCAUUUUUGCCAGGCUGAUAAUAGUAGCACGUGUCUGGUGCCGGACUUUGUCCAUUCGAUAGCAGCGCAGUUGUGUCAGGCGCCUCAAUUGGUUGCCUUUAGGCAAUUGCUCUUGUCUGAUCCUCACCUUCAAUCGUUGCUCAGCUUGAAGGAGUGCGUCGCCAAUCCGCACAGUUCGUUCGUCAACGGCAUCCUGGAGCCACUGUCGUCUUUGAAACGAUCCGGCGAAGAGGGCGGAUUCCCAACGUGCCUGAUGGUGGUGGACGGCCUGUGCGAAGCUGAAUACCACCGGCCCGAUUAUGGCGAUACGAUCAGCAGCUUCCUCGUUCGACACGCUCUCCAAUUCCCGCAUUGGCUGAAGGUUGUCGUCACGGUGCGUUCCGGAUUGCAGAACAUCACGCAGCUCUUGCCAUACGCUUCCAUUUCAUUGGACGCACCUGGUGCCGGCGAUUGGCCCAACAAGGACCUGAUGGAUUACACGUGCCAUCGCGUUAACAAUUGCCCAACGAUUCGAAGUAACGUGGCCAUGGCCGGUGUCAAAAGCUCUUCCGGUUCGGAAAUUUACGGCACGGUUGGCAACGCGGGUGGCGGCUCGCAAGGCCAGGUGGCUCGUUUUGCCGCCCACUUGAGCGGUCUCUGUCGAGGGAACUUCCUCCACGCCAAGAUGGCACUCGAUCUGAUCGAGCAGGGUCACCUAGUGACCAAGUCUUCGUCGUUCAAAGUCCUGCCGGUGACGCUGUCCGAAAUCUUUUUGCUGCACUUUAAUCUGCGAUUCGCUAGUUCGCGUGCUUACGAACGCGUCCAGCCCAUCCUGUGCGUCUGCCUGGCCAGCCUCAACCCGAUGAGUUUGCUGGAAAUCUACCACUCGGUGAAUGCACUUCUGAGUGCCGAGCCGCUCACCUGGGAGGAAUUUAUGCAGCGAGUCAAAUUGCUGAAGGGUCUCUUGGUUCAACGUUCGGAUGACACGUACAUGCUCUUCCAUCCAUCGUUCAGAGAGUGGCUUGUCCGCCGCGAGGAUGGCGAAAACACCAAAUUCCUGUGUGAUCCACGCAAUGGUCACGCGGCCAUAGCUUUGAGGCUGUCCCGUUUGGAAGCUCCGCUCGACGCAGAGAAAACUAUGGAGCUGGGCCAUCACAUUCUCAAAGCUCAUCUCUACAAAAGCUGCGGCCCAGAGAUGGCCGUUUCACCGCGUGAUCUCCAGGCCGUCUGGGUGGCGCUGAGCGCUGACGAUGUCUCGGCCUCUGUCGGAUCCAUCCGAAACCUCUUCAUUCCCAACGUCAAGGUAUCCCGGUUGCUCCUUCUUGGCGGCGCUUCCGCUGACCAUAUUACUGAAUUGCGAGGCAACAGUCCACUGCUCUGCCUUUACGCCCAGGAAGGUCUCACCGAAAUGGUCUCGCUCCUCUUGGAAUUCGGAGCCAAUUGUAACGUUACAACCAACAAUGGAGUCUCUGCUCUGUCAAUGGCGGCCGAACGCGGUCAUUGCGAUGUUGUCCGCAUGCUGGUCCAACAAGGUGCCCAGCUCAGUCAAGUGGAUAACGGCGGCUCGUCGGCUCUACUUUACGCCGCUCAGAUGGGUCAUCUGAACGUGGUCGGUUAUUUGCUGUCCUGCGAUUGGCCGGCCGAUGGGUUCACCGAUAACGAACUGACGCUGUCCGAAGCGGCGCAACAAGCGCUCAUCGUGGCCGCUGGACAGGGUCACGCGCAGGUGUUAGAAUUCUUACUGGACAUGGCGGAGGUGAGAGUCAACCUGCCGGACAGUUUACGAGGACACACAGCUCUCACGGCCGCGGCCACAGCGGGCCAUCUCGACAUUUGUCGCAUCCUCAUUCGACGCGGUGCCAGUCCAGCUGUUACAAAUCUUAUGGAUGUGACUGCGUUGAUAUGCGCCGUACAGGAGGGCCAUUGGGAAGUUGCUGAGUCGCUGUUACAAGAAUCGACGGCUUCUGUUGAUCAGACAGAUGGCGUAGGCCGUACAGCCUUGAUGGUAGCUGCAGCCGAAGGCCAUUUAGGUGUCAUGGAACUCUUGCUUACCAAAGGAGCUGAUGUUAAGAAAACGGACAAAGAGGGUCUGACAGCUUUGAGCUGGGCUUGCCAUCAGGGCCAUCGUCACGCCGUCAUGACUUUACUGGACAAAGGGUCCAACAUUAACGCCAUUGAUAAGAAUGGACGCACGCCGCUGGAUCUCGCGGCCACCUGCUCCGACCCCAAAAUUGUACAGAUACUGUUGGAGAAAGGUGCUAUCCUGGAACACGUGGAUUUACACGGGAUGAGGCCACUCGAUCGAGCCAUCAGCUGUCGCAAUACGCCCGUCGUUCAAGCAUUUUUACGUCGAGGUGCCAAACUUGGACCGGCCACCUGGGCUCUCGCCGCCGGCAAACACGACAUUUUGUUGGUCUUGAUGGGCAAACUAUUGGACGAUGGAAAUACCUUGUAUAAGAAACAACGACUUCAGGAAUCAACUCAACGAUUCCAAUACGCUUUGAAGAAAUUCCCUCCAGUAGAAGAUUACGGAGGUCCGGAAUACCAGGCCGCUUUCCAACAUCUACGAAUUCAUUUGACGCUAAAUCUAGCUCGAUGCAAGCGCAAAAUGGGGGAUUCGAACGAAGCCAUUGCUAUUGCAACAGAAGUUCUAACGUUGAGACCGGAUUCGUAUGAAGCGCUUUAUGUUCGAGCUAAAGCCAGGCGUGACGUUGGACAAACCGAACAGGCCCUAUCGGAUUUGAACGAGGCCAUCAAAGUAGCUCCUGCUGGACGAGACGUACGAAAAGUUCUGUUGAAGGCGAUUGAAGAGACGGAAAGCGUCCAACGAUUGCCGGGUAAUUCUGGUGCCCUGACCUUAAUGGAGACAUCGUCAGAUACGAUCCAAGACUGCUGCAGCAGCGGCGUUGGGUCUAGUCUGACCUCUGCUUCUGAACGAGGGUAAAAGCCAAAUUGGGUUCAUAUCCAUUUCAAUUUUUUCGUUUGUGCUUCUAGUGAAAAAUUCGUGAAUUUUUGAAUUCACGUUUUUUUUUUUUUUGUACUUUGUAGAUUGUAACUUUCGUGGUUUUUUUUUUUUUUUUUUUUGUUCGAAAAUAAUUUUUAAUUUUCCUUGUCCGUCUUUGGCGUCGGAUCAAAUUCUCAGUAGACGCCUCAUAACCAAAAUUCAAUCCAUUUCUACUUAGACAUAGUACUUGAUCAUUAACUUAUUGGCGAUUUAAUCAAAUGACAGUUUAAAAAAAAAAAGUGGCAACGUUCAUAGAAACAAGACCGUUUAUGUAACCAUAAUGAUUUCACUAAGUGACACGUAAAAAGAAAUUAAGAAAUCAAUAUAAAUCUUUAGAUAUA